AUGACAUCAUCAUCUUAUAAUUUCACAAUUAUUGAUUCAAGCAUAGCAGCAAUGAUUUCAAGAAUCAUCACACAUCCACUUGACACUAUUAGGGUGCGUCUUCAAACUUCUACAGCAGUGAAUUCUAAUAUUAAUAAUUUUGUUGUUUCUGCUGCCAAAAUUAAUGUUAGAACGUCAUAUUUUCGUAAUUUGUACAAAUAUUCUAUUAGACGCUCGCCUCUAAUUAUGCUGAUUCGUAACACAUCAUUAAUGGAUUAUUAUAAUGGAUUAUUGGUAGCAACAUUGCUAGGCGUGCCAGCUUCAUCAACGUAUUUAUACAUAUAUGACAAAUCAAAAUAUUAUAUAUCAGACAAUUUUGGAAUAAGAGAUGACAAGAUGAUAAAUCAUAUGAUUAGUGGAACUAUAGCAGAGAUAGUUAGUGGGGCUUUUUGGACGCCAAUGGAAGUUUUAAAAAGUAAACUGCAAAUUCAAGAUUCAACCAGUGGCAGCAAUACAUUAUCAAUGAUAAAAAGAAUAGUUAGAAUAGAUGGAGUUUUAGGAUUUUUUCGUGGAUAUUGGAUGUCAUUAUAUGUUUAUGUACCACAUACGAUUUUAUAUUUUACAACUUAUGAGAAACUUAAACAAAUUAAUUUUCUAAACAAAAACAAUACUAGCAGUAAUAGUAAUAUUGACUAUGCUAUCUAUUCAAGUAUAUCAAUUACAAUAGCAGGAUCAAUAUCAAAUAUUCUAGAUGUGGUCAAGACAAGAUGGCAGACCAUAUUUUCUAAUCAACAAUCAAUCAAAUCACCCAUUGAUAUUAUUAAAUCAAUGUAUAUUAAUGAGGGUGGAUUGAUUGCAUUUACUAAAGGAAUGAGUGCAAGGGUUCUAUGGAUGAUACCAAGUAGUUCUAUUAGUAUGACAGUAUAUGAAAUAUUAAAAAAUAACAGAAACAAUUUACAAAACAACAAAGACAAUUAUAAUAACAAUGGGAUUUAA